ACCCUCGUUUCUGUGCGUCGGUUAACCAAGUUCCUGGUGAACACGGAGUUAGAUCCAUCUUCUGUCAGCCAUGAAGAUACCCCAGGUGUUGCCGCAGUGAUCGAAAACGGCACUCUCGCUUGGGCUCCAGAUGCUGAACCUGCUCUUCAAAAUAUAACGGCCUAUUUCCCUGAGGGUCAGUCAACGGCUAUUGUUGGUCGUGUUGGCUGCGGAAAGACUAGCCUCCUCAACGCUCUACUGGGAAAUAUGGAACUUGUCUCCGGUCGUAUUAACAUUAAAGGACGUCUUGCACUAGUAUCUCAACAAGCCUGGAUAUUCAAUGGCACUCUCCGUGACAAUAUUCUUUUUCACCGUCCUUAUGACCCAGAGCGUUAUUCUAUGAUCCUAAAGGCUUGCGCACUUGUACCUGAUAUUAAACUAUUACCUGAUGGAGAUCAAACUGAUAUAGGUGAUAAGGGUGUCAAUCUCUCUGGUGGUCAAAAACAGCGUGUUAGGUAA